AUGGCCCCCAACAACUUUGUUAGACAGCUUCGGCUUUAUGCCGUUGAAAUCUCUGGAGAGGCCGUCGGCACAUUCUUGUUCCUCCUGAUGGCCCUCUCGGCUGCCCAAGUCGCCAACUCCGACACUUCUCAUGCUGGUGAUGACCUCCACCCGGGCGACAUCAACCUCACCCAGCUUCUGUAUAUCAGCUUGGCUUUUGGCUUCUCCCUGGCCGUCAAUGUCUCCAUCUUCGCCAGAGUCAGCGGAGGACUCUUCAACCCGGCUGUUACCCUUGGAAUGUGCCUCGUCGGAAAGGUGAACUGGAUCAAGGGUAUAUUCUUGACCGGCGGCCAAAUCCUCGGAGCCGUUGUGGCCUCGGCUGUCGUGAAGGGCAUCUUCCCCGGCACCUACGUCGUUCAGACCAAACUUGGCCACGACGCCACCAUUGCUCAGGGUCUGCUCAUUGAGACCUUCCUCACCAUGCAAUUGAUGCUCGCAAUCUACUUCAUGGCAGUUGAGAAGCACGAGAGCAGCCCCCUGGCUGCCCUUGUCAUUGGAUUCGCCCUCUUCGUGGCUGAGCUCCCCGGUAUCUACUACACUGGUGGCUCGCUGAACCCGGCUAGGACCUUCGGGCCUGACUUGAUCACCCUCGACUUUGGCGCUGCGCACUGGAUCUACUGGGUCGGUCCCUUCUUGGGCGCAACCAUUGCCGCUGUCUUUUACAAGUUCAUCAAGUUCUUGCAGGCGGAGGCUGCUGAGAACAGCAACGACACUGAGAGACAGCCGCUCCUGUCCUGA